UUUUCAUCAGUUGGUUCCCUUCUCUGCCAAGCCAAGCUUCACUUCAGUCCUUUCCUUUCCAAUAUUGAUUGCAGAGUGAGUAAGCUCCAACCACCGUGCGAUCAUGGCCUCCGUUUACUCGUUCCUACCUCUCUACUUCCUCUUCGCUUCAAUUCAAGAAGUUUCAGUGCUCGGCGACGUCGUAAUCGAAGACGGGUACACAGUAAAGACGGUGAUCGACGGCCACAAGCUCGGGAUGAGUCCAUACUCGAUCAUCCUUCGUCCUGGGUCGUCCGAUUUUGUCGUACUCGAUUCUACUGGUAGCUCUUUCUACAGCGUACCGUUUCCUAUGUCUAAAGAUAAUGUGGUUAAACGAUUGUCUGGAACCGGUGAAGCGGGGUAUGUAGAUGGUGAACCGGGCACGGCCCAGUUUAGUAAGCCUCGGAGUUUUGCGAUAGAUUUGAAAGGGAAUGUUUACGUUGCUGAUAAAAGCAACAACGUGGUUAGAAAGAUCACUGAUUCAGGCGUGACUACAAUUGCUGGUGUGAACAAGAAAGUGGGCCAUAAAGAUGGACCAGUAUCAAACGCAACUUUCUCAAAUGAUUUUGAGCUUGUUUUUGUGCCGGAGAUUUGUGCUCUACUGGUCUCUGACCACGGGAAUCAACUGGUGAGGCAGAUUGAUCUUAAGGCUGAGGAUUGCCGGAGGGAUUCAGGGUCUGGUUCCAGUUCCGGUGUGGGAGCAGUUUCGAUUUGGAGUGUGGCAGUGGGAGUUGCAUGUAUACUUGGGUUUGCUGGUGGGUUUGCACUCAGGCCUUAUAUCCUCCCUCAUGGAGGCAUGGGGAUGCGCAAUUUCAGCAGGACAUGGAAGCUUUGCCUAACCCAUCUGGAGAAGCAAGUUCAGAUACUCUGCUUCGCCAUCAGAAGCGCAACUGCUAGCUUCUCUUUAGUUUGCUCGCUCUUGGAAAGGCUCUUUUGGCUGAGCCUAUCUCAUAUAUCUCUUUUAUUUAGAAUUGAUUAUCUAGUGCCCCAAGUUUCCCCAAAGGAACAUGGGCCAUUGCUUGGUAGUGACAAUGUUGGUAGUAGUAGUAAGAGUAGUAGCAGUAGCAGUAGGGAGAUAAUGAAGUCACAAAAGUAUGCCAGUCAACUGAAGGAUUUGAUAAGUUUUGAUGAAAGCUCUGAGUUAUCGAACCUUGCGUGUCCCGGAAUGGUUGAGCAAAGAGAAGAAUAUCAGGAGAGGCGUGAUGCUGUUAGGUCUGACUGCUCUGGAGAAGGGAAGAUAGACAAUAUGAUGAACACUAACAUUAUGCAUUUUGUAGAAAAGGCUAAAGAACCUACCCUGAUAGACGCAACUAUGUAUGGCAACUCCGGUCUCAUCAAAAGGAGAUGAAGUAGUUGAAACUUUGAAAGCGCUGCUCUACUUCUUGUUGCAUUGACUUUUCUAUGUUAAACUUAUUAGGUUUGUAAAUAGUCGCACUUGUAUGUGUACUGUCCUGCUUUCUUGUCAGUCACUGUCUGAAUUACCUUGAAGUGUACUUGGUUGGUACAAGAAAUUUACUUCUAAUUAACCAAA